GCGUACUACAUAAAGCAUUGUAGAACUGAGUACAUUGGUGAUUCAUUUCUCGGAAUUGACCUUGCUAUGAGUCAUUCGCUGGAAGGCAGAGUCGGGGAUACCGCGCCUGUCUGCCGGCUGCUUGCUAGACGCACUCCGCUCACUGAGCUGCGCUUUUUACGGAAUAAUUUGUGUUAACAUAAUAAUAAGUUAAAUUAGUGAUAAAUAUGUGUAUUUACAAGAAACGAAGAAGAUUUAAUUAAAAAUUCUUCAAACGAAUAUUUGUAAAUAUUUUGUGUUUCUGUAGUUGGAUAUCAUGAUAACAACCAUGACGUCAUUCAUACUUUUGAAGACUAACUCUUUUUUGUUGAGAAUGAACAGAGAAGAUAAUGUCAACUGGUUUCAUGGGAAAAUAUCACGAGACACUGCUGAGAAACUUUUAAAAGAAGAAGGAGAGGAUGGUGUGUUCUUGGUACGUGAGAGCAACACUUCCCCUGGAGACUAUGUUCUUUCAGUUUUGCAUCAGGGUGAAGUAGUUCAUUAUCAGAUUCGAAGGCACGGUGAGGAUGCCUUCUUCUCGAUUGAAGAGCACACAACAGUGCAUGGACUGGACACGCUCAUCCAGCAUUACCGAGGAGAUUCUAACGGACUGGUUACCAGGCUCUCUGUUGUAUGUAAAGGACAACCGCCACCACAUGAAUCUCGCACUCAAGGGACAACCAAUCUAUUGCACCGGGCGACAGAAGCUGGAGAUUUCAACAUAGUGUCUCAGAUGCUAGCAUGUGGUUACCGGAGUCGUGAUGCUAAGAACCAGGAUGGACAGACGGCAGUCCACAUUGCCGCUAGAGCCGGCCGUGACAAUAUACUUGCCAAGCUGAUUGAGAGUGGAGCCACUGUUAAUGUUCGAGACUCGUUUGGAUAUACGCCUUUACAUUACACGUGCCAGAACAAUCUCCCGAGUACUACGGAGCUACUGAUCACGAAGGGCAAUGCCAACUACCAGAUGAGGCACGCGCCCACAGGCAAGGUGCCGCUGCAUGACGCCGCGCAGAGGGGACACAUUGAAUGCAUAAAGGUUCUACUAAAACUGAAAGCGCCGGCACAUGCAAGGACUCUGGCACACGAUACUCCUGCUGACUUAGCGAAACAUUACGGUCACACGGAAUGCUAUCAACUGCUGAAAAACUACCAGCCAGACCCUCCAAAGACAUCGAAGAGCUUAUGGUAUCAUGGCACAUUAAAUCGAGAGGAAGCUGUCAAAACGUUAGAGGAAUACUGCAAGCACCACAAGAUUGAGGGCAAAGCGUCGGACGGGAUCUACCUCGUGCGCUACAGCGAGCGACACACCGGCGCAUACGUACUCACCAUGCUCAGCGAAAAUACACCUUAUAACUUUAUCAUUAGGAAAGAGAAUAGCUGGCUGUUUAUAGACGAUGGGCCAUACUUGGAAUCUCUAGAGAGACUGAUUGAGCACUACAGUACAGUGCCUGACGGUCUCCCUACUCGACUGACCACUGCUGUGCCGCCGAAACCUAAACCACCACUACCUGAAUUUUCUACCAUGCCACGCACCAAAAAGUUGGCAUCAAGUCGGGCAACCGUAAACCAGUCUCUCUCGCUAGUCAAACACGACAUCUUAAGCGAUAAGCAACUCUCCGCGCAAACCUCACCGCCGUCAGCCACUAUACAGAACAAUAACAUGUUCGAACUCCUUACAAGGAAUCUCUCUUUCUCAUCUGAUUUCAACAACGACAGUCUGAACAACAACGAUGAACCGACGGAAGAUAAUGAUACGUAUAAGGUGCCCGCGAAUAACAGUGCAGUGGCCACGUUAGCUGAAAAUUAUAACGAAAUAUCUAUUAACUCUGAUGGCCAAUUGUCUACACUGCAAGAAUUCAUCCCCAUGAGCGACCUGACCCUGGGCGCGGUGCUGGGCGAGGGCGAGUUCGGGUCGGUGCUGCGCGCGACGCUGGCGGCGGGCGGCGGCGGCGCGGGAGGUGGCGGCGCGGGGCUGCCCGUGGCCGUCAAGACGCUGCACGUGCAGCACACCGACACCAACAAGGACGACUUCCUGGCCGAGGCCAAGCUCAUGAUGGCCGUCAGGCAUCGCUGCAUCGUCAGGCUCAUCGGCGUCUCACUUGGCCCGCCUCUAGCGAUGGUGCAGGAGCUGGUCCCGCUGGGGUCGCUGCUGGAGUUCCUGCUGCGCCACCCCGACAAGGCGUCGCCGGGCUACGAGCUGCGGCUGUGGGCCUGCCAGGUGGCCGCCGGCAUGCGGUAUCUGGAGAGGAGGCGCUUCGUACACAGGGACCUCGCCGCCAGGAACAUCCUGCUGGCUAGCAGACAUCAAGCUAAGAUCAGUGACUUCGGCCUGUCCCGCGCGUUGUCGACGGACAGUUCGUACUACCGCGCCAGUCAGGGCGGCAAGUGGCCCAUCAAGUGGUACGCGCCCGAGUCCUACAACUACGGCACGUUCAGCCACGCGUCCGACGUCUGGAGCUACGGCGUCACGCUCUGGGAGAUGUUCUCCUACGGCAAGCAGCCCUACGGCGACCUGAGGGGAAUCGAGGCAAUACAAAUAGUAGAAAGCGGUCAGCGUCUCGAACGACCAGAAGACUGUCCGGACGAGAUAUACCAAGUAAUGCUGGACUGUUGGCGGUAUAGCCCCGACUCCAGGCCGACCUUCAGCCAACUGGUGGACGUGUUCUCACAACACCCAGACUACGUAAACAUAAGCCAACUGGCUCUCGAGAAUGAAGAUGCUAAUAUAUAGACGUUAGUGUAGUUUGACUAAAGCUGGGUGUUUUAGAGAUUUCGCUAUAAAAUCUUAAAUUGCAGUUGUGGAAUAAACUCUUAUGAAUAACUCGCAUGUACUGCACGUCUCGUUUCUACAAUUGCAAUUCACUGCUUUAAGAGGUGACGGUGGUAGUGCCAGUUGGUUGAUCAAAACAGCCAAUCUAUCGUUUCUAUUGAUUGACUUUCAGAAACCGAGAGAUGAUGUUUUCUAUUUGUUUCGUUUGAACACUACUUUGGAUGUGCCCUAUUUAAAUGUCGAUAUUUGCAUUUGUCUAUUGUCCUGAAAUGAUCGUCACAAUUGGAGGAUUUUGGGUGUAUCGUAAAACGUUGGUAAAAUCCAAUGAAUAUGAACAUGGUUUGUUUUUAACCUUCGAACAAACGUCAGUUCGAAUUCACUUAUGCUUGUCGCUUUGAAGUAAAACAAACUUUUAGUAUUUAACAUGAAAGCUUAUUGUAGCUUACUAAUUUGUUAAUGUUGUAUUUUAGCUUGUUCAAUCUAAAAUAGUUAUCGAUCAAAAUCCAGAUAUCGAUUUUUCUGUAAAGAGUAAAGUGUAUGUAUUAAGUAUGUCAUUGACAUACAUCUGACAUGUUUAUACCUCUCUACUAUAAUAUUGUACACUUCUAUAUUCAUAGGCAUGCAAUAACAUGUAUACAACGAUAUUAAAUUAAAUUCGAAUCGGGUAGUGGAAAUAUUUAGGUGAUAAUCAGAAUCGACAUGCCAUGAUGUGCCUGAUUACGUAUUAUUUAGACUUAGCCAUAAGUAUUGUAAAUAGGGUAGUGUUAAUUAUGAAUUGGUCUUUGUAAUUUUUAUGCCUCUUCUAGUUUAUUGGAAUAGCAUUUUUUAGGGUAAAAUCUCUUGCGUUUUGGAGUAUGGUUAAGACGUACAUUUCCAGUUCGUGUUCCUUUUAUAGCCAAAAUUAAUGUAUAUAAAAACCUUACAUAUUAUUUUUAUAUCUUUUUACUGUAUUUAAUAGAACUGUACAUUCCAAUGUCUCUGAAA